ACGUGGGAGGGCUAUUCGAGCAGGUGUGAUCCGCUCAGUGUCGCUGCUGUAGCUGAGUUAGAAAUCGAGCUCGUUCUUCAUUCUAACUGGGGAAUAGAGAACCGAUCGGUUUAGAAAUAUAUGAAACGUUGUAAUAGCAUAUUCUUUUUAAAGCUUAAUAUUUUUACUGUCACUGGGGGGGUUUUGCGCUGUUGUCAUUUCACCGUUUGCAAAGCUUCUUACAUGACACAGGCUUCCGUGUGUAGACAGGGAAGCCUUCACAACAACGAACAUUUAAAGAGCCUUCAGUGCGCGAGUGAGUCAGAUCUCAGUUCUGCGCUGACUGCUUCUUGGAGUGUGGACCCGAUAUGGACUCAACGAAGAGCUAGUGACAGGACUGGAUAUUUAGUUCGUUUAGAAUUUACAAAAAAUAUAUAUAUAUCUUAAGCUACUGUAAUUUACACCGGAUAUAAUUUUGGACGCUGGGGUUUUGUUGUAAAAGUCUGUGGAAAUGGGGGAGCAGCCCAUCUUCACCACCCGCGCUCAUGUCUUCCAAAUCGACCCCAGCACCAAGAAGAACUGGGUCCCUGCCAGCAAGCAGGCCGUCACAGUCUCCUACUUCUACGACAGCACGCGGAACAGCUAUCGCAUCAUCAGUGUGGAUGGCUCCAAGGUUAUCAUCAAUAGCACAAUCACACCCAACAUGACUUUCACCAAAACCUCACAGAAGUUUGGCCAGUGGGCUGACAGCAGGGCCAACACUGUGUUCGGCCUUGGCUUUCCCUCCGAACAGCACCUGGCCAAGUUUGCUGAGAAAUUCACAGAAGUCAAAGAGGCAGCAAAAGUGGCAAAGGACAAAUCUCAAGACAAAAUGGAAACCUCCAGUAAUCACUCCCAGGAAUCUGGCCGUGGGACCCCCUCCUCCACACAAGCCUCCAGCUUCAACGGCACGGACGACGAGAAGAUCUCUCACGUGGAGCCAGAAGACGUGGUGCUGCAGAGCGAGAACAACCGUCUGAAGGCUGCUGUGGAGCAGGGCAACACGAAUGCCAAGAAGUGGGAGACGGAGCUUCAGACUCUGAGAGAUGGCAAUGCCAGGCUGGUUGACUCUCUCAACGAGGCCAACGCCAGUGUGGAGACCUGGAAGAAGCAGGUGCUCAUCUGCCAGGAGGAAAGCACCCACCUACGAAACAAGAUCGCAUCAUUGGAGACACAAAGCAAUGAGGUCAAUCAGGAGAAGGAGACAAACUCCAGGCUUACAAGUCGAGUCAAGGAGCUGGAGGCUGACCUGCAGGACAAGGAUUUGGAGCUGGAAAACCUGAGGAAGCAAGCUGAGAUAAUCCCUCAGCUCAUGGGCGAGUGUGACGGCAUCACUGAGAAACUAAAGGCUGCGGAGAGGAAGAACGGUGAGCUGGAGGCCCGCGUGGAGGCGCUUCAGAAGGACGUGGAGGAGAAGCAGCAGCAGCAGGGCAGCUUGAAGCGUGAGCUGAAAAAGAUGACGGACACGCUGGACGGAAAGCUGGAUGAGCUGCAGGAGUUCAGACAGGGCCUGUCCAAACUGGGGACUGAUUAAGGGCAAGGGCCAGAGGAGGCCAAUAGAGCAAAUGUCAGAGGUGGAAGAGAACUGGUGCCAUACCCCUCCCUUUCUUCAAAAAAAUAUACAAAUACAUAAAGAGGGUGAAAUUAAAUGAGAGGUCAGACCACUUCAGCAAGUUGCAAUUUUUAUUUUUUUUUGGAAAUUUACUUUUUUUCUUUUUUAUGGGGAGGGGUUUGUGGAAUUGGUUCAAAUUGACAGGGACAGGAUUGAGUCUCAGGUUUCUUGAAUAAAGUGUGUGUUAGGCUUCCACAGGUUUGGACUUUCAGUUGGAGGACAUUUUGAAAGGGCUAAUAAUUAAAUGGUGAAAUGAGCCAUAGAACAGGAGAAGACCGAAGCAGGAAUUAGUCGGAGUGAAUUGGGUGGGGGAGGGGGGGAAGGGAAAUGUGAAUCCGUAUGACUGCCUGCAGUUAAUUCACACUGAUCUCAGGUCAGUUGAAAUGGUUGUUUUCCAGGAUAUGCACAUUGAAACACUGCACAGUAUCACACAAAGUGCCUCAAUACUGGGGCCUUCUAAACUGACAAGAAGGCUCAUCACUCUCUGUAGGUAAACACAUUUAUACAACUCUAACAGGAGUUAUUUGAGAUUAUAGUGUUGAGGACUAACAACAUAAAUAAAGUGUAGAUUUAUGGACAUACAUGUGCAUAUUUAAGAAAGAAUAAAUCUUGUUACUAUUGUGCAAGUUCUAUGUUUCCAAAUAUUGCAACAAUUCUGAUAUUUUGAACAUGUCCACAGCUCUAACUGCACAGCGUCAGGGAGUAGUACAUUAGAAGCAAGAUGCAGUUGCAUCCUGUGAAUGUUGUGGCUUAUUUACCAUGUAUGAAAGCAGCUUCUGUCCAAUGGUUUCUGGGAAUCUUUUGUUGGUGCUGUGAAUACACCAUUUGCAAGACUGUACUGUAUGUGCAUUAGGGUAAGGGAUCGUUUUAUGUCUGAUUAGCCAUGUUGUAGGGAACGAUAGCUACACCCAAACCGGGCGAUGGGGACCCCAAUUCCGAUGGCUGUGUUUAAAGAGAUUUGUAUGCAUGGUGUGAAUUUAGGUGAUUCUUUGAACAAAGUUUAUGGUGGUAGUUCCCACACGACUGGCUUUUUUCCAUGAUGGUGUUUUUGUGGGAAGCGGGAAAGGAAGGUGUUUUGUUGCUGCUAGACUGUGGAAUAAUGUUUAAGUGUAACAGGUGCUGUGGACCUUCCAACACCUGAUGAAUUCACCGUUUCUCUAAAAUGUCUAUCAGCCCUAGUACCAGUCGAUUUGUAGAUUUCAAAGUCCUGCCUCCAGCAGUGGGCUUUUCUGGGUUCAGACACUACUGUAUAUGUAAUACUUUGGUUGGGUAUGUGCACACUGUUCACUGUUUGAAAGAAGAGCCAUGUCUGCUUCUCAUGGGAAUCCACAAAAAAUCUUGUACACGAAACAUCGCAAUGUUGUGAAUGUGUUUUUUAAUCACAGUUUAAAACUUGGAAUGAAAGGUAACGUUCACUACAGAAGUCUGAUGUGGAUUAGGGCCAUCUCUGUUUUUAAAAACGCGUCACUUUUUUCCCUUGCUAAAUAAACCAAUUACUCCAGUAUACACUUGUGAUUUCUAUUCUGUAUUGUACAACAUGGGGUUCAUAAAUGUUAGAAUACAGUUUGAGAUAUGGCGAGUCAGGUGUCAGCAGUCUCAAAACUGCAAGCGAAUAAAGAUUGUUGUGUUGUAAA